GUCCGUUCACGCAGCCGGGGCGGCCACGGGGCCGUUUUUUCUCCCCCUGUAAGGUCGGUGGAGGUUUUCGAUGUCAGCGGUGAUUUAACCUCAGAAAACCAUCUGAGUUGAAAAGAAAAUAAUCCUUUACGGUAGCUGACAAUGAAGAACAGCUUUAUAGAAUCAUAGAAUCAGUAUAUUCUGAGUUGGAAGGGACCCACGUUAAUCAUCGGGUCUAACUUUUAAGUGAAUGGCCUGUACAGAGAUCAAGCCCACCACCUUGGUGUUAUUAGCACCAUGCUCCAACCAACUGAGGUAAUCUCAGGUUCCACAUUCCAAGAACUGACCUGCAUUAUAUCCAGAAACUUUCCGAAUAACAAUGGCCAGACUGUUGCAAGAUCCAUCUAAAUUCCAUCCCUCAGAAUGGGCUACCGCAAACAUGAUGCAGCGUGUCAGUACAGAGUCCCAGAAAUCCAGGUCAGAGUGCAUGAUAGCUGAGAGUUGGCGGCUGGUGGAUGAAAUAGAAAAGACAACUCAGAAAACCCAAAGUGAUGUCAACAAGAAAAUAGAACAGAGACGGGAAGAAAUAAAAUUCUGGAAGCAAGAACUAGAUAACAAGCUAGAACAAAUUGUUCAUGAGACAGAGUUACUGUUGACUUUCAAGAAUAGGCUGGAGAGAGCUUUGGAGAGCUGCAAAGAGCCACUUGUCAUUGCCCAAAAGUGUCUCCUGUACAGGCAGAGGCGAGUUGGAAUUGACUUGGUGCAUGAUGAAGUGGAACAGGAACUGGUGAAGGAAGCUGAAGUCCUCCAGGGGAUUAUUGCUUUGCUGGGACAUACAUUGGAACAAACCAACGAGCAAAUCAGACAAAACCGUUCAGCAAAAUACAACCUAGAAAUGGAUCUGAAGGACAAGUUCACAGCUCUGACAAUUGAUGAUUACUGUGCUCGCUUGACAAAUGACACUCCUGAUAUGAUGUAUGCUGAUAAUGCAGUGAAAAUAGAAGGAAAUUUUGUUAGCCCUAAAGACUGGGUAGAUUUCUCAAACAUAAAUGUUGAAAAGGCUGACAAGCAGAGAAACAAUUCUUUGGCACUGAGGGCACUUAUUGAUGGCAUCCUGUCACAGACAGCAAAUGACAUGCGCAAGCACUGUGAGAUGGUGAAUGUCGCUUUCAGAAAUAGGGUGAAGGAAGUCAAGGAUGCCAAGCACAAGCUAGAGACACUUCUUGCAAUGGUGAUGGAUGAGACUGCCUCCCAGGAGAAGAACAUUGCAGCCUUAAAGAAAGCAAUAGCUGAUAAAGAAGGACCUGCUAAAGUGGCUCAAAGCCGCUUGGAAGCGAGAAGCCAUCGCCCCAAUGUGGAACUGUGUUAUGACAGAGUGCAAUGCAGCCUGAUGAGUGAAGUUCAAGAGAUUACCAAAAAUAUUCAAAGAUUAAAGGAUGCACUGGCACAGGCUGAGACAGAGCUGAAAGGUCUGAGCCGCCGACAGCUUUCCUUGGAGGAAGAGAUCAAGGUCAAGGAGAAUACACUGUAUAUUGAUGAAGUGCUGUGCAUGCAAAUGAGAGAGUCUGUUUACAUAAACAACUUCUGAAGCCAUCACACUGGGAAACUGUGCUCCAAAGAACCAACUCCUGCUGAAAUUUCAUUUACAAACUUCCAAAUUUAUUGGUUUGGCUCAAUGCUGUCCUGGUUCUAGUUGUGCAAGAUAAUUAAAACAGACCUAGUACUUACAGCUGUCUGUUUCACAGCUAUCUGUGCUCUAAAAUAUCUGAGGAAAUUUUCCACUUGGCAAUAAAAUUCCAGAAUAAUAA